AUGGAAACCAUAAACCAUAAACUUGUGGGCCGGAGACCUGGUGAUCCGUCAACUCUUUCUCAAUCAACUUUGAUCUUUCCCACAGUUCCUGAAAACUCCGUUAUCUAUAAAUGCAACAGGACCAGGGUCCAUCUGGCUGUCAAAAUGGACCCGUGGGGGACUGGCGUCAGGCUGGAUCCGGAGUUUCUAUACCUGGGCAGCUGCCCUUCUUCACAUGUGAACGAUGCCUUGGCCUUCUUCCAUUUUCAGUAUUCGUUCAAGGAAUGUCGCUUUGCCCGACUGACAUCUGGCCUCAUGGUCGAGUACACAACCCACCUGGUAUACAGACCAGUAUCCAGCCAUGACAGUCCCUUCACAGAACGGAUUAAUUGCACAACCUAUGAGACACAACGCCUGACUCCUGCCCGAGUUACGGGUUCUGGCUUGCUUUCUGCUUCCAGUGGAUUAACGUUCCGAGGGACAUUUAUGAACGAGGACUUCAGUGGCCCUUCGGAUCUGUCGGUCUUUCUCUUGGGGUCACAAAUCCAUAUCGAAUUUGCAGUCCAACAAUUCUUCCAUCAGCCACUGCGGCUUUUUGUGGACGAGUGCAUCGCGGCCGAUACAGCAGAACUGGGCAGCUCCUUCAGAAAUUACACCGUUAUUGCAAACCAAGGGUGUCUGCUGGACAGCAAGUUUGCAAAUUCGCGAUUCCUCCCUCGACACGCUCCCGACGUGCUCCGUCUGUCUCUGCAGGCCUUUGAAUUUGCGGGGAUAAACACCGACGUUUACCUGCAUUGCCAAGUUCUCGUCUGGGAACCAGCAAUUGUGACUAACCCCACAAAGAAAGCCUGCUCAUUUAAGAGGGAUACAAACAGGUGGGAAGUUCUGGAUGGGACGGCCAACGAGGUUUGCAGGUGCUGUGACUCGGUAUGUGAAACCGCUGGUUCUCGUCACAAGAGAGAAGUCAAAGAUCCGGCUUCAGGAGUCGAUCCCUUGCAAUCCGACUGGUUGGUGGUCGGUCGCUUGACGGUUCGGCGAUCUGCACCCAGCGGGGGAGACUCUGAGCGGCGUUCCAACCACGGCCCCCCUCACUGA